UCAAAAGAAGCUGCUGUUUUGCCCUCUGACUUGUCUCCAAAAACUGAGCUGCUGCUUUGGACGAACUACAUCUCCCAGAAGCCUCAGCCAGCCAGCCCUCCUUCCCUUGGCACCCUUUGGACUUGGGGCGGGCCUCCCAGGACUUUAGCUUGCGCGCUAGGAUGGCGGCGCCGGUGCCGCGGAUCUCGGUGUGGCCGCCCUCGGCCUGCCUCUACGACGAGCCCCUCCAGGUGAGGGUGCAUGGCCUGCCUCCGGAGCAAGAGGUGACGGUGCGCGCCGCCUUGGAGGACGAGAUGGGGGUGCUCUUCCAGGCGCGGGGCGUCUUCCAGGCGGAGCGCGGCGGGGAGCUGGACCUGAGCCGGGCGCCCUCGCUGGGAGGCAGCUACUUGGGGCGGGAGGCCAGCGGGCUGCUGUGGAGCAUGGAGCCCGCCUCCCCCUUCUGGCGCCUGGCUAAGCGGGACGUGCAAAGCCCCUUCUGGGUGACCUUCGAGGUCUACGAGGGGCGAGGCGCGGGGAAACUCCUUUGCAGCUGCCGCAGCGCCCGGGGCUUCCUGGCCAAAGGGGUGCGAAGAGUCCCCGUCCGGGAGGGAAGGCUCCGCGCCACUCUUUUCGUACCUCCCGGCCCUGGACCAUUCCCAGGACUACUUGACUUGUAUGGAUCUGGAGGGGGCCUUGUGGAGUACCGAGCAAGCCUUUUGGCCAGCAGAGGUUUUGUCACAUUGGCUCUGGCUUACUUAGCUUUCGAAGAUUUGCCAGUUUUCCCAGAAGUCAUUGAUCUUGACUAUUUUGGAGAGGCUGUCGAGUUUUUAAAGAAACAAGAGCAGGUGCAGUCGAUGAGGAUUGGUGUCCUUGGGAUCUCUAAAGGGGCAGAUCUUGCGCUUGCUGUGGCUACGUUUUGGCCAGGCAUCCAAGCAGCUGUCAGUAUUUCUGGCUCAGGUCUUAAUGCUUUUAUCCCCCUACAAGUCAAAGACCUCACCAUUCCUGCCCAUCCUUUCGAUCUGAAUAGGGUAAAAGUUAGCAGCGAUUCUGGAUUUGUGGAUUAUUCAGAAGUCAUGGAUGAUCCCAGAGACCCAGCAACUUGGCAAUCCCGGAUCCCUGUUGAGAAGUCCUCCAGCAAGUUCCUCUUCUUCUCAGGGGAAGAUGACAGAAAUUGGCAAAGUGAACUGUAUUGCCGGGAAGCAGUUCGGCGCCUUCAGGAGAGUGGGCGGCACGUGGAGUUCUACUGCUAUCCUGGGGCAGGACACCUCUUGGAGCCGCCCUAUUUGCCCUUGUGCUUUGCCUCACGUCACAAGCCUUUGGGGGUUACUAUGCUCUGGGGAGGAAAGCAGAAGGAACAUGCAAAGGCUCAGGAGGAUGCUUGGCAAAGGAUACUGACUUUUUUCAGGCAGCACUUGCUGGAUUCUCCUGUAAAAAGUAAUUUAUAGGCUGCUAUUUUGUGUGACUGUAAGUGGGCUGAUUGUUAAUCUAAUACUGCACAGUCAGCCAUCCACAUUUGUUGGUGUUUGGUUGCUCAGGACCCUCAUGCAAGUGAAAAGAUGUGAAAAAAUAAGCCAAUUGCUGAAAUUCUAGGUCUUCCUAGCAAAUUCCAAAUUGCUGAAAUUUACCUGAUAUUCUAGGUCUUCCAGCAUGACUCUGGUUGAACUCCAUGGGGACUAACCAUAGAAACACAUUGCAGUGGUUCUUAUCCUGUGGGUCCCCUGGUGUUUUGGUCUACAACUCCCAGAAAUCCCAGCCAGUUUACCAGCUGUUAGGAUUUCUGGGAGUUGUAGGCCAAAACAUCUGGGGACCCACAAGUUGAGAUCCACUGUAUUAGAGGACCUAGCAGUUUGGGCCUCCAGGUGUUUUGGACCUCAACUCCCAGAAAUCCUUACCAGCUUUUAUGAUUCGUGUGAGUUGGAAGUCCAAAACGCCUGGAGGCCCAAAGGUUGGAACCACUGAGAGGCUCUUAGUGUGAUGUCCUCUGUAGAAAUCAUUAUGUCCUCUGGCAUGACCAGAGGAACAUGAGCAUAAAAUCACAUUGGAGGGCCUAGAGAUUGCUAGGAAAAACACAUUUUAAUCGAAUAUGUAAAUAAUCAAACUUGCAAAGUCAAAACUGCAAAUGUGGAGGGAUGACUGUGCACUCUCUUGAUAUGUCAAGAGUUGCCAGUAUAAAAAACUAAGCUGAUGGAUUAUAUAGAUAUAUCCCUAUUAGGCUGUUACGGGUAUACUGAUAGAGUGCAACACAACACAGCUGGGUGUUGAAUAAAAACACAUAUGGCACCCAUUUGGUAAGUCAUGAUAUAAGUGUAGAAAAUAUAUCUACCUCACGCAAGUCAUUCAUACACCCAUUACAGACAAAUGUGCUAUAACUGUCCAAACUGUUUAUCUUAAAUCUCCAUGAAAUGUCCAGGAUCAUCUCAAGACAUGUUAAUGCCUGAGGCACUUAGGUGUACUACCUAAUCUCUUAAGAAAAAGCACAUAAUACCAAAACGGAAGCAAAUUAUUUUGUUUCAUGUGACAGAAAAUCCCAUAAGUGCCUCCAUUUCUUCUUCCUGAAAAUAAAUAUACUACAAGAAUGCAUCAAAUAAUUAACGUGUUGCUGUGAGUUUUCCAGGCUGUAUGGCCAUAUUCCAGAAGCAUUCUCUCCUGACAUUCCUCCCACAUCUGUGGCAGGCAUCCUCAGAGGUUGUGAGAUCUGUUGGAAACUUGGCAAGUGAGGUUUAUAUAUCUGUGGAAUGUCCAGGAAACAUCACUUGCCUAGUUUCCAACAGACCUCACAACCUCCGAGGAUGCCUGCCAUAGAUGUGGGCAAAACAUCAGGAGAGAAUGCUUCUGGAACAUGGCCAUACAGCCUGGAAAACUCACAGCAACCCUGUUAUUCUGGCCAUGAAAGCCUUCAACAACACAAUUAAGAAUGUGCUGCUCUUUAAAAGUUCCAAACUGUCCAAGGCUGGCUGUCCAAGGUAGCCAUCUGAGUCUUUCAAGUAGUAGGAAUACGUUCAUUAUUUCUUUUCUUGAAACCCUCUUUAAAUUAGAAAGAAGCCUCUGCCCUUUAAAUUUUAUUUUAUAAUUUCUAUGUUAAGACACAAGAUUGAUGAACAUUCCACAGAUAUAUAAACCAAAUUUUCCUAGUUCCAACAGACCUCACAACCUCUGAGGAUGCAUUCCAUAGAUGCAGGUGAAACGUCAGGAGAGAAUGCUUCUAGAACAUGACCAUACACCCAAAAAAACCUACAACAACCCAGUGAUUCCGGCCAUGAAAGCCUUCGACAAUAAGAUUAAUGUAGUUCACAUCUGAUUUCCAGGUUGUUGAACAGAAAAUAUUUCUGCCACACUCUAAAUCGUAAAUCUUUUUUUAAUAGUAAGCAAAACAACAAGUAGAGAUAAUGAAGGGGUUUUUGAAGUCAGACAACCAAAUAUGCCCUUACUCUAUAUCAUCUCAAAAGAAUAAUAAUUCAACUCCAGAAUUAACAUGAAGAAGUCUGAUACUGUAGAACUUUCAACCUAUAGCUAUUAUCAGAAUUAGGGUCUAUUUUUAAUGGAUCUCUGUAUUUGGAGGUAAUAUUUGUCACUGGGAAAUUGCCAAAAUUAAUAUGACUGUUUUGCUAGAAAUCAAUAAAUAUAGAAAUAUUUA